ACAUCAUGCUAACAGCACACAAGAGUGCACAGUGGCACAUGUGUUGGUGGAUGUAAAAAAAAAGAGGGAUUAUUUUCACAUUCACUCGACUCGUUAAAUAACAAAUACGUGUCCCACUUCGGGGACUUUCACUCAAGACCUGGGGGAAAUAAAUUGAAUUCCAUUCUGCAGUCUUCAGCUCGGGACCUUGAAAAUUCUGGAUGUAUUGGUGCAAUUAGUAACGAUUUGGUGCGUGACAGAAUGUGAGUUUUGACGCACUGGUUCUUUUUUUUUUUAUCUGAGAUUAGUCAGUUGUUUGCUGUUGUAUGUAUCGGGGACCUGGGGUGAGGAUCGAGAGGAGGUGCAUGGAUUUGAGAGAUUAUUCUCGUCGUUAGAUCUGACUGGAGAUUGCACUGGGACUUCAUGUCAAUAAAGAGAACUUCCGAGGACUGACGACGUGUUGUUGAGCUUUUGCAGUCAGUCUAGCUCAGGAUGCUGAAGAUAACGAGUGGCGUGAGGAGUGUCGUGAGGGGUCUCACGUCUUCAGCUGGGAGGAAUGCUACUGCCAGAGUAGCUCCUCUUCAGGAAGCCGCUUUGGAGGAGAGGUGUAUUCUUGUGGAUGAGUUUGAUAAACCCCUGGGGGAUGCCACCAAGAGACACUGUCAUAGGAUCAGUGAGGAUGGGGAAAUCCCUCUUCAUCGCGCUUUCAGUGUCUUUUUGUUUGACAGCAAAGGAGAUCUCUUGUUGCAGAAACGAUCUGCGUCGAAGAUAACUUUUCCUGGUUACUACACCAACACUUGCUGCAGUCAUCCUUUAACAGAGGUACCUGGAGAAUCAGAGGAGGGAGACGCCCUUGGCAUCAGACGAGCCGCCCGGCGAAGGCUAGCUUACGAGCUUGGGAUUCCAGUCAGCGAAAUUCAACCCGAGGAUUUUUUCUACGUCACGAGGAUCCACUACCAAGCGAUGGGGCACGAUGACGUUUGGGGAGAGCACGAGAUCGACUAUGUUUUAUUUCUGAAAAAAAAUAAAAUAACACUGGAUCCUAAUCCAGAUGAAGUCAGUGAAAUCAAGUGGAUUUCCAAGAAGAAUAUCGAGGAAUUCGCGAGUAAUUGUGAAUCUCCGUUAACUCCUUGGUUUGAGUUAAUUCUUAAUCAUAAGUUGCCUCUCUGGUGGGACAAUUUGGAGUGCCUGGAGAGGGUCCAGGAUCACAGGACUAUCCAGCGUUUCGUUUGAUUUAAUCUGACGAAUGCAAAGACUAGAUGGAGAAGGGCGGGCUAAUAUGCACACCAAUUUCAAAUAACCAGUUGAAUUUAAUAUUUAAGAAUAUCUCUGAAUCCACGAGAAAUAUUAAAAUUUUUAUUGUAACCUUUUUUGUUGCUCUCCUUGCACUCUACAAAAAAGGUCUGGAAAAAUUUUCGCUGUCUCUCUUAGGUACAGAGAUAUUCAAAUUUUUGGUUUAGCUAAUCUUUCCACUUAUUUAUCGAAACGUUUUUCCUCAUCAUCUACUUUGCUCCAGGUGUCCAUAUUAGGUCCUUCCCCGUGGUGUUUUCGUUCUCGAACUUUCAGGGCAUUACAAUUGUACCAAUUUUGGUUUUUUAAAUAAAUUUUCCAUGUAAAUAUA